CAUUCAGAGCUAGAAAUGGGCAACAAGCAAACCAUUUUCACUCCAGAGCAGCUGGAUGCAUAUCAGGACUGCACAUUCUUUACAAGGAAAGAAAUUCUGAGACUGUUUUACAGAUACCGAGAUCUAGCUCCGCAGCUAGUUCCACUCGACUACACAGAUAAACCAGACGUGACUCUUCCCUAUGAACUCAUUGGCAGCAUGCCAGAGCUGAAGGACAAUCCAUUCCGCCAGCGGAUAGCCGAGGUCUUCUCAGAGGAUGGAGACGGCAAUAUGACUUUAGAUGAUUUUUUGGACAUGUUUUCGGUCUUAAGUGAAAUGGCUCCCAGAGACUUGAAAGCUUAUUACGCUUUUAAAAUUUAUGAUUUUAACAAUGAUGAUUACAUAUGCAAAUCAGACCUAGAGAAAACUGUUAACAAAUUAACCCGAAAUGAACUUGCCCCAGAAGAAGUUAGGCUUGUGUGUGAAAAGGUGAUUUACGAAGCUGACGUGGACAACGAUGGCAAGCUUUCUUUGGAAGACUUUCAGCACAUGAUAAUACGAGCUCCAGAUUUCCUCAGCACAUUUCACAUUCGAAUCUGAAUCUAGUGAAACAUGUUGAUGGAAGUGCUUCUUGAACCUUCAACAACUAUUACUUCACCCGAGGUUACCAUCCAUGAGAGAGCAAAAUGAGAGCAGCAAAGAGGACAAUCUCUGGUAACUGAACCAGGCAGAGAACUCUCUCUUGUUUACCUGUUUAAAAGGAACUGUGCAUUAAGCUCUUCAUCAAUACUUCGCUGUAAUUUAACAAAUGCAUCUAUUUCCCUCCCAGCUAAAGCAAACCUGGCCUAGACAGUGAGAUGGGAAAUACUUUUUUAAAGCUCAGACACCACCAAGUAGUAAAGGAACGUGGAUCAAACUACAGCUUCUAAAAGAAAUGCCUCAUCCAAUAAAACCUCUUGAAAAUG